CUCUGGGUCGCGGGGUGGCCCAUGCCGCUGCGUCCGCUCCACUACCAGCUCGUGCCCGGUCGGGAGAUCUUCGUCACGGAGCGUAUGGACCUGGAUCUCGUCUGGCCAAUGGGCAGACGUUCCUCAAGGCCUUCUUACGCUUUCUGCCCUAGCCUCGCUUUGGACCUGAUAUUGCCCGCGCGAAGUGGCGUGCGGCAGCACGGCUGGCGGCAGUGCACGGAUAAAAGUGCAGGGGAGGAGUUCGAGGCAUUUUGCGGGGCUUCUUUUUAUCCUACGCCGUGCGCACGAGAGCGACAUCCGCAUCUGUCUCUCUCAUUUAUGUAA